CUUCCGUCGCGGACGCAUCCCUCGUGCAAUCAUCGUCGUCUUUGCGUCCUCCUCUCUCCCUCACUCUGCUCCUUCUCUCUCUCUCUUUCUCUCUCUAUCUUCGCUUCACUUACUCACUUACUCUUUAUUACCCCCACUCCACAAUUCGCUUACUCUGUUUCUCUCUAGCUUUCUCCUCCCCCCCACUCUCUAACUCCCCCUCUCUCGUUCUCUAUCUUUCUCUUCUGUUUCUUUCUUACUUAUUCGCUCACUUACUCUUUCUCACGCAUCUACACGUACGCGGGUACAUUAUAUAACAUACACGCGGUCUGUCCUCUCUUGAUCCGUGUGCCUGCUUGUUGUGUUGUCUAUCUCCCUCGGGUUUAGGUUCGGGUUCGAGCGAAUCAAAAUAACGAAGCUGUAUGCGAUGAUGAUCGGCGGCAACGAAAUAUAAGAGAGAAAAGAAAUAUGUAUAUACGAGAGAGGAAAGGGUGGUGGUAAACUCGCUAAAACAUCGGAUCUUCUGGUGCUCGCAAUUAUAUCAGAAUAUAGUCGUACCGAUGCACGCGAGAUUCCUCGUCCCGCCUCUUUCCACACCGAUGCUGGAUACCAGUGAUUUAAAUUAUGUGUGAAUUGUCCGGUUUGUGGAUUUUUCGGUCUCGCCCUCGAAUUUCUUGUGUCAGUGAAGUUUCAAUUUCUUUGUUUUUUUUCCACGUCUUUCCCGUUUUUUCGCGACGAUAACUUACAUCCAGACUGCUUUUUCGUUGGUUUUUGCUUUCUCGUAAAUAGACUGCGGAUUUUCACGCAUUUCUGCAAAAAUUUGGAGGUGCGAAAUGCACACAUAUGCGAAAAUAUAUGGAAUAUUCAAAAUAGAGCGUUUUGUAGAUAAAACAAAUUUUUAUUCAAAUUCCAUUCCUUUAGUUACGUUCGUAAAAAUAUAAAAAUGUACAAAAAUCCGCAGUCCACUCGUAAAUAUUGCUGGAUCUUUUUGUCGUCGCGAUGUUUUCCUCGAAAAGUGGUCGUUCUCGGCCGAUAAACAAUUCGCUCGGUCCUUAUCGAUCGAGAUAUUAGAUUUUCGUGGCUCUCUUUUGUAUCUUUCGAAAAUUUCGGCUGUCCCUUCGAGAUCGUGGCCUAGCCUUUUCGAAGGCCCGAACCACCUUCUCGAUUGGAAAAAAAGUACUUGUCGGGCCGCCUUUAGCUUUUGUUUUCACCGAGAAAACAAUUCGAUUAACCUGUUUCUUUUUCGCCAACCUGUGUCAUUGGGCCUCCUACCACGCCUAACGGAAAUCUUAAACGCGAAAAUAUGUAACACGAUGAACACAGAGAAAGAACAAAAUCAAAAGUGUGUUGUAUGGUUAAGGAACCGAUGAAUUUUGUCCAAGUGGCUGACUGUUAUGUGUAAACACGGCGAACAAGUAAUCGUUCGUUGUAUUCCGCGAAACACCGACUGAAGUACCACCUUCGACUGUGAUAUAUCGUGACUGUGAAAUACCCGGUUGAAGAAUGCAACCUCAGGCGAGUUUCGAUCGAUGAAAAGUAGAAUUCUCUGCCGGCUAUUAUGUUCACGAGGUUCAAGAUGCCGGUGACUGGCGAUGGGGCUUUCAUUAACCGCGGUGCGCUCCCUGAGGAGGAUUCGUCGGUGUAACAGGAAAUGUGACAUGCUGUCGUUAACCAACUAUGAGCUCCAGAAAGUACGCAUCAGCGAAAAGGUCGUCAUAAGUAUUCAAAAUGAUUUCCCUCCGUUUGGCUGCACAUUGCGGCGUGUCUGACUAUGCUUGCUUGCACAUCCCAGGGCAUCUUGACAUCGAAGGUGGCAACGGCAGCCUGGAUACUGGUAUGGAUCACUUGGCUGGUGACGCGCCAUCAACGAGACCGCUGAAGAGGGUAUGCAGUUGACGCAUCCCUCGGUCCCCUAAAUCCUGGAAUAAAUCGUCCAGAAGUUAAAGGAAUUGUCUCAUCAGCGCGCGUGCGUACGUGCGUGCGUGUGUGCGCCAGUUGUGUUCACUGGUUGCAUGCGAAGAGAGCGGGGAAGAGCCUGUAAAGAGUACGGACUUCGAAGAGAGAUGUUCCGACCGGACACGUGACAUGUGAGCCGUAUAACGAGCAGAGAACAAAAAUAUUUCCAGAUAUACGCAGGAAUAGAAACGAUAGAGCACGCGCAAGAGAGAGAGAGAAAGGGAACAGGAGGAAGAAAGGGGGAGGGAGAGGGAGGAAGCAGGACAAAAGGAGGAGGGAGAAGGAAAAUAGAAAAGGAAGUACUUUUUCGCUGAAAAAGAAGCCAACUCGAAGAGCAAAUGAGAAAACGAAGCCUGAAGGGUAUUGCUUCUACGAGAACCGAAAUACGUUUAAAACACGAGCACAAAAAGAGGAGGAGGAUGAGUUAAAAGCUCGAGAACGAGCCUGACAGGACGGGACAGCCUCAAAAGAAUUCUAAACUGAUAAAACUAGUUGGUAAAAAAAAUAAGGAAAUUUUAUAUGUAAAAUAAAUUGCUUUAAGUAGGAGAACAAAGGAUUUAAAUUAAAAAUUAAGAUAAAAAAAAAGCGCAAAAGAAAAAAAAGACAAGAUACGUUAUUAGAGAGAGAGAGAGAGAGAGAGAGAGAGAGAGAGAGAGAGGGAGAGAGAGAGAGAGAAAGAGAGAGAGAGAGAGGAAAGUAAUUUUAAGGAAGAAGAAAGUUACAAAAAUCACAAAGAACACGCGACUUCAUAUAAUAGAAACAAUAAAUGAAAGCCGAAAAAAAUCGGCAAGAAAUAAAAAAGGGGCAAAUUUGUACUUAAAAAGUAGGAAUAUAACGUAGAAGAGAAACAUACAUAAACAAAGAGAGGAGAAUAGACGAAGAGAUUAAGAAGAAGAGGAGAUUUAUUUAAGAAAAUAAUUAAAAAAUAACAUAAAGGAUUCUCGAGAAUUACCAGAACGCACAAAAAGUAUUUUUCGGCAAUAGCGAAACUCUUCAGACAUGAAUGUGACUUCAGAGGUGGAGAUUUUUGGGAACGAGAGCUACAACGUGAGUAAUGGUCUCGAUUGCGGCGGUGAACUGCACUCGUACAGGAUAUGGGAACGCGUACUGAUCGUGAUAAUCGCUGUAUUCCUCAGUCUGACCACCGUCGUCGGUAACAUAAUGGUGAUGAUAUCGUUCAAGAUCGACAAACAGCUGCAGACGAUCUCAAACUACUUCUUGUUCAGCCUAGCGGUAGCUGAUUUCGCGAUCGGUCUAAUUUCCAUGCCUCUCUUCACGCUUUACACUGUGCUCGGCUACUGGCCGUUGGGACCGCAUAUUUGCGACACGUGGCUGGCGUUGGAUUACUUGGCGAGUAACGCGUCGGUUUUGAACCUCCUUAUAAUCAGCUUCGACAGAUAUUUCUCUGUUACGAGGCCUCUUACGUAUCGCGCCAAGAGAACUACUUCGAAGGCAGCCAUUAUGAUCGCAUGUGCAUGGGGAAUUUCGCUGCUUCUAUGGCCACCGUGGAUUUACGCUUGGCCUUAUAUCGAAGGUCAACGAACGGUACCCAUAAACGCCUGCUACAUUCAAUUCAUCGAGACAAAUCAUUACAUUACAUUUGGUACCGCGAUUGCUGCAUUCUACAUGCCUGUCACUGUCAUGAUUAUUCUUUACUGGCGGAUAUGGAAGGAGACCAAGAAACGACAGAAAGAUCUUCCCUAUUUACAAGCUGGAAAACAAGAUGCUAGUAAAAGGAGUAAUUCUAGCGAUGAAGCGUUGGAUAUGGAGGACUGUAGAAGGCCUAGAAGCGAAUCGAGCACAGGAGCUGACGACAUGAAUGCGACACAUAUCGCGGUCUCUUAUCUAGAGAAACAUUAUCCUCAAUAUAAAACAAAACAUAGACCAUUUUCGUGGAUGUGGCUGAAGAUGUGGUGUGUCGCGUGGUGGCACAGUGGUCGCGAGGAUGAUGAUGAAGAGGAGGAUAUAGAAGGCGCUGAGAGCAGUCGCACAGGACACGGCUAUGACGAAGCCAUAACGCCGUUAUCAGCGGAAACCCCUCUUACUGGUACGGUCUCUCGAUCUGCCUCUCUAAGUGGGAUUCAUCCUACCACGUUAACCGUUGAGAAACCCAUCAGUACAGCUGAUAACCACGAUUACAAAAAAACUAAGAGAACCGAUGAACUGUCGACGAGAAGCAACUCUAACGAUUCUAUAUACACGAUUAUAAUCCGGCUUCCAAGAGCUAUCGACAGUACAGGGAAAUACACGGAGGCCGCAAGCAUAAAAAUGUACCACGAGGAGACGGUGAGCCCCUCGUUGAGCACUAGGAGACCGUCUCACAUGCCCGACAUAAGGAUUCCCCUGAAUACGAAAAAUAUUCCGAAACCGUCGGGAGGCAAACCGGCUGUGACCAAACCCGCGAACAAGAAGAAGAAAAAGAUACAAGAGAAGAAGGCCGAUCGAAAGGCCGCGAAAACAUUGUCGGCCAUUUUGCUGGCGUUCAUCAUCACCUGGACACCGUACAAUAUUCUCGUUCUAAUUAAAUCCAUCACAGCCUGCUCCUGGUACAUACCACAGGAGCUAUGGGACUUUUUCUAUUACCUUUGUUAUAUCAACAGUACUGUGAACCCAAUGUGUUACGCCUUGUGCAACGCGGCAUUUCGACGAACAUAUGUGAGGAUUCUCAAGUGCAAGUGGCAUAAUAGGAACAGAGCCGCGAUGGACAGAGGAUGAUAUCAGUAGAAACGCCCAGCGUGCGACGUUUACACGCUCGAGGGCGUACUAUUUUCUCUAUCAUUUUCUCUCUUCUCCUUUUUAAUCAUUCCUCCGAACGUGCUUGCCGAUGAUAAGGAAACUGAGUUGCUUACGAAUUUUAUAGUAACCUACUGUCAGUAGGCUACUAAACGUGCCGAAUAUUUUUAUUACACAGUACGUAUUUCACUUUUGCUAAUCGAAAGGACAGUCAACAAAUGAUAUUAUUUAUUACAACUGGUAUAUUUUGUUAAAAAAUCUCUUUCCAAUCUUUUUAAUCAUACGAAUAGCAAAUCGCUUUUUAAUUUUGUUUUUUAUAGGCAAGUAACAAGGUUCAUAAAGGGAUAACGUUUCUCGAGAUAAGCAAACUAUCGAAGAAGAUAAACAGGUUCGUAAACGUAACGUUUGUACAAACCGAAAGACAGUUUAAGCAAGUUAAAAACAUUCCACUCGGAGAUUUCGUUUCAUAAUUUAGGUGUUAGAUUAGGGGAAACACAGGGUGUUUACAACUCGAUUUGAUAAAUUUAAUAAGACACAUUUUGUAUACAGUAUUUUACAUGUAUAAUACCACUAACUUUGGUUUCUCAAUUGACAAUUAUGUUUCAUACAUUUCAGAUAAAGAUGAUUGACAUAGAAAUUUUUAUAUUUAAAAGAAAAGAGAAUAUGUAAUUUUCAAUCAUAAUAUAUCAUUAAAAUGGUAAUAAUUAGCAAGAGAUCGAAAUAAUUUAUUAGUGGGAGAGGGGGAAAGAUGUUUUUUAUUUUAGAUUGUCGGAAAUCAGAAGAAUUUUAAAUGUUCGCGGUUAGACAGCUCAGAUUUCCGCAUUUGAGGCAAUGCAACGUGAAUACUGCCAUAAAAAAUAAUCUUUAUAAAUAUAUUUCUGAACCGUACAAAGGAAAAACAAAAAAGGGUUAGAUAACCGGCACGUACGCGACAGUGCCAAAAUUUGUGGCUCGAUUUCAGCGGCGAUAGAACCGAUGACUUGCCGCAAAUCGAGUUCUUUUCUAUAGUUUGUGAAACAAAAUCAGUUUCUAUAAACAAACGUUACAAAUUGAAUCAAUGUUUGUGAGAAUACUUUAUUUACAGGUGGAUAGAUUCAACAAAAAAUUAUCAUUGGGUGAAGCUAAUCUCAAAAUAUUAAUUUAUUAUUAUUUAUUAUUAAUAGUUUUUCGAAAUUUAUUGAAAGACUGUUUAAUACUUUAGUUUUGAAAUUUUUGAUGGAAAUGGAAAUGUUUGUUUAAUGAAAAGUAACGUUUAAGAAACUGACAAAAUUUCAUAAACCUCCUACACACACACAAAGCUAUACCGCACAAAAAAACGAAAUCUAUUCGAAUCCUAAGGAAAAAAGUUAAUAAACAAGCAUUUUCUCGUGCGUUUUAUUCGACGAACACAUAACGCACUCGAUGUACAUUUUAAAUAGUAGUCCAGUUGUAAAUGAGUGUUUUAAGUGUAAUUAGUCAUGGAGAACCAAAACAAGCGCUAUUAUACAUAGAGAGUGUGUCACAACUAUAAUGGCAACAAAGUGGUAUAAAGAAAAUAUAAGAAGCGCUGCAUCGAUUCUUUCGUGUUAAGAGAAAAACGUUCUAACACUUUCGUAUUAAAUAAUAUUCUAAUCACACGUGCCAAACGAAGCUUUAAGGUAUCAAUAGUAUAGGCCGGUAAUUUAAUAAAUGUAUCCUUUCAAAGGUAUACUUGUACUAAAUAUAUAAAUAAGGACUUAAGGAUUUGCUAUCAUUUUUUUAUUACGAACGUUUACUACAAAAAUUUUUAUUAUGUAUUUUUUUCUACGAAAGAACAUUACGUGAUUUUUUGUCAGUUACAUACAGUACUUCUCGGAUAAAUGGGUACGAUAAGUUUCCUCUAUGGUUUUAAAUCAUAGUGACAUCACUAGUUACCUAAAUAAUUGAAAUACUACUGAUAGUACUAUUCUAAUUGUAAUACGUAAUAUGUACAAUGAAAUUGAGAAAUUUUCUCUAUGAUGUAACUGUAUAGUGACAUUGAGAGAAUUCAAUAUUUGCAUAUUUCUCACUAAUUAUGCAAAUGAAUUCAGAAUGUAGAAAUUUUAGACGCGUAUCUGUUUUUUAUAUUAUUAAAAAUAAAGUUAUAAGCAAUUAAAAAAUUUUAAAAACCGGACGUUUUCGACCACGUAUUGAAUGUAUUCUAAGUAUGAAGUCACAAGUCUGUGGCAGCGCUAUACAUGUUUUUAAUUCACUAUUUGCUAUAUAUAUAAUUCCGAUACCAGCGCGUACAUGCAAGAACACAUAUACGACUGUGCAUCAGGACAGAAUAAUGACAUCACAAAGAUGGCAGCUAAGAUGGCCCGCGUUUCUACAGCAUUUAAAUAUGAGCGAAGUUUUAAUUUAAUUAUUUUCAUUAAUAAGUAAAUAUGCGUAACGAAAAUAUAAAUUAACUGUUUCUAGUAAACCAAAUUUUUAUUUUCAGUAAUCUUUUUAACAAAGAUAAAUUCAGCAACCGAAUAGAGACAAAGUGGAGUUGAGCUUGGCUUCUGAGAAGCUCAUAUAUUGUAUACAUAUAAAUGAGGUAUAAAUGUCCGGAAAAAUUUAUGUUCAUAUAGUAAUGGGUAUAUCACUCCUUUGAAAUUAUUUAAUUUGAUAUGAUAUGAUAGAUCAUGGUGGAAAUAAGACACAGAACUUUAACCAAGGAAAAUGUGGACAUUUAUCCGGGAACUAUUGUAACUUUGUCAUUCUACAUGAAAUUUGAUAAAAAAAAGAGUAACAUCUUAUUCGUUUUACAGAAGUUUUCGUGAUAGAUCGGCUUUUCGAAUAAUCUACAUCUUGUGAAGUAAAUUUAUAAUUUCUGGUCCGAUACAGUAAAAUAUUAUUUUCAAUGUUUUUCUUAAAUGUGUAAUAAAUAAAUCAAAUUUUCAAAACUAAAUUAAUAUGAUUGCAGCAAUUCAACAAUAAACUAUUUACAUUAUUGAUGUAAUACUAAUAAUAAUGUUGGAUGUUUGAAUAUAGUUAUUAUAAAAGUUCAUUAUUUCUGUAAUCCUGAAUUAUUAUUGAAUUCUGCUUAGGAACAUAAGUACAAAAUAAUUCAUUUUUAAUGGCUCUUUGUCGAGAUACUCUGUGAUUUUUAUUGCGUUACCUUUUUAUACAUAUUUUAUAUUAAUAUUUAUUUAUAUGUAUGUAUAUGUAUAUACAAUUUUUCGCUGUUUUAGCAAAUAAUUCCUUUUUUGCAAAAUAUUGUUAUGUUAAUUUAUUCAUCAUACUUAGCAUUUCUGUGUGUAUCCAUUUAAAAUAGAAUUUUAAUAAUCAUCGUUCAUUUCUAUGUGGUUACUUUUUACAACUAAUUACUUUACACUGUUGUAACAACAUAAUAAAAUAUAAUUCAUUUGAAUGUGAAAUAUUACUAACAAUAUAGGAUGUUUCAAAACUACAAGUUAAUCAAGCAGAGAAUUUAAUCGAGAUAAAGGAAGAUGAAAGAAGUACGUUUCACUUAAUGAUCUAUGUUCAAUUUUAUUUUAUUGUAUGGUAAAGAAAAUUUAUAUGUGCAAAUUUCUGGAGCCUAUCGAUGAGCAAUCAGUAUUACGUAAGACCUUUUUUCAUCUCUAUGAAAUUAUAUUUCAAUAAACUUCUAACUGCAAUAAAAUUCAAUACAAUUCCUACCAACAAUCUAAAAAUUGUAUAUAAAAUUAUUAACUUUGUAAAAUUUUUAAAACUGACCA